AUGUUCGCAAGCCGCGCCUUCGCAAGGUCGCGGCCAGCUCUCCGCACAAUCCGCCAACAAACGCCAACGACGAAAACAGCUCUACGCAAAAACUCAACCAACCCUUCCUCCUCUACAUCCUCGCCGUCCCGCUCCGCAGACCGCAUCCUCGACCGCGUCCCCCUCCGCUUCCAAAGAUACACCACCGGCCUCCGCAAAGCCCCCGUUUCACACGUGAUCGCCUUCCUGAUCCUCCACGAAAUCACCGCCGUCGUGCCCCUCCUCGGCCUCUUCGGCCUCUUCCACUACACAAACUUUCUACCGCUCGAGUACGUGACGGGUCACUGGGCGGGAUACGUCAGGGAUGGCGUGGGUAUGGCGGAGAGGUAUUUCAGUAGGAAGGGGUGGUUUGGGUUCGAGGCUCAGGACCGCGGGACGAUGACGGGGCAGUUGGAGGGGGGCGGGGAGGUUGAGAGCACGCAGGAUGUGUUGGAGAAGUGGCAGAGGGAUGGCAAGUACAAGGUUGUGGUGGAGGUCGCUAUGGCUUGGGCGAUUACGAAGGCGCUGCUGCCGGCAAGGAUACUCGUCAGCGUGUGGGGGACGCCGUGGUUUGCGGGCGUGAUGGGCAGAGCCCGUGGAUUGUUCAGAUCCAGUCGAUAG